AUUGAUCGAGUCAUCAAGUGAAAGCGGGGCUAUCAGUUGUGUCGAGCAUCGCGCGGUUGCGUUAUAAAGAUUAGUUAAUUAAAAGCAUAUGUAAUACCUUGUUGACAGGGUGAAAGUUCACAGACAGUCGACAAUGUCCGCAAAGACAGCAACCAAACCGAUUAAAGCGGCUUCCAAAGAGCCGUCGUCGUUGACCAAACUCUAUCUGUUUGCCUACAAUGCCAUUCAGGUGGGUGGCUGGAGCUACAUCCUGUAUCAGUUGAUCAACUACUAUGUGCUGGAAGGUCCCCAGUUUCGUGCACAAAUCACGCUGUGGGAUUACACGCGUCUCGCCGUCAUCAUCUUCCAAAAUGCUGCCUUUGUGGAGAUCCUGAAUGCAGUCUUCGGCUUGGUCAAAUCGAAUCCUGUGGUGACCACCUUUCAGGUGUUCAGCCGCAUGAUGGUGGUCGUCGGCGUUGUGAUGGCCACACCGACAGGCAAAGUGUCACCCGGCCUGCCAAUCGCUCUCUUCGCCUGGUCCAUCACUGAGAUUAUACGUUAUGGCUUCUAUGCCUUGAACAUCAUUAAAGUUGUGCCCAAACUUGUGGUCUUCCUGCGUUAUACCACAUUCAUUGGCCUGUACCCCAUUGGAGUGACUGGUGAGCUGUUGUGCUUCUGGUGGGCACAGCGCUAUGCCCGAGAGAAUAGCGUCUGGAGCCUGGAGAUGCCCAACAAACUGAAUGCCACGUUCUCCUACUAUGCGCUCCUCUGGAUCGUCAUGCUGGGCUACAUUCCCAUAUUCCCGCAGCUCUACAUGCACAUGUUCACGCUGCGUCGCAAGAUUUUAGGCGGCGACAGCAAAAAGAAAGCCAACUGAACUUUAGCCAGCUCUCGCCUUGAUUGGCUCUUUGCAUAACAUCGCUAAUUAAAAACUGACUUUUGCACUUUGGAGUGCAGCUCACCUUAGCCUGACAUCGACGUUUCGCGCUUAAGCUAAUAUCACUGGGGGUCUUUGUGUACAAAUUGAAAUUAAACAAACAUUCUUAUUUUCCAUUUGCGUCGAA